AUGCCUCCCAAACCUGGCCGCUUUGCUUCCUGGACUCGUCCAUUCGGCAUGAUCUGGUUUUCUCUUCGCCUGCACUGGGAAGCACUCAAAGAAUCGGUUCGCCGAGAGGGUCUCGCUGGAUUUCUGCGCGUAAGCCAGAUUCGAGAUGCCGCUUCCGCAAGCCUGUUCAAUAUAACCUCGUCUGGUUUCAUCGCUUACGAAGACACAACCAUUGUUCCCUCUCUCGUCCAAGCGGCCAGCGGCGUUGUUCUCGAUAUGGGCCCGGGACCAGGAAACCAGAUCCAUCGUUUCGACGCAUCUGCUAUCGAAUACAUCUAUGGCGUAGAGCCUAACCCCCGUUUUAAGGACGGUAUAGAUGCAAAACUGGAGGAGCACAACCUGAAAGAUAAGUAUAAGCUUAUAGUUUGUGGUGUUGAAGAUAGCGAUGUCCUCAGGGGAGAGGGUAUAACCGAAGGAAGUCUGGAUACGGUGUUAUGCAUCCAGGUUCUCUGUGCGGUAGAUGAUCCGAAGAGUGUGAUGAAGGAGGUGUGGAAGCUGCUGAAACCGGGAGGCAAGUUUAUCUUCUGGGAACAUGGAUGGAGUAGAAACCGAGGGACGACUGUAGCGCAAGCUCUCUGGAAUCCUACUUGGAGUACAUUCGUCGGGUGCCAUUUGACACGAAAUGCACUGGGAGAUAUUCUCAACGCCGGAGAGUGGGAGAACCCGGGUGAUAUCGAAGAACCUGAAGAGCCGUUUAGUUUGCUCCCUAGGAUUCAGGGUGUGCUUGUCAAGAAGGCUAAUUAG